CAGCUUCUGGCUAGGAAGCUGUCUGUCCUCUGUGGGUUCUGAGUUUGGGGAGAGGAUUGAAGUUAGCCACCCAGAAGAGCACAGCCUACAGCUGCUGUAGCCACCAACUUCACAUGGAAAAAUCUGGGCUCCACGGUUCUUGGCUAGAGGCCUCUGAUUCGGGCCUUACAAGUGGCUUAGGGUCGGACUCUGGCUGGAGGUCUAAAUGAACAGGAGAACUUGAAGUUGACCUCAAACUAUGGACUAGAGGUGCUGGGGUCUGGGAGGGGAGGGGAAAUCAGAGGGAAGAAAGAGCUUCUGUGCCUCCUGUGCCGAGGGCAGACCAGGCCCUGGUAUCUCUUCUCCCAGUAUAUGGGGCACUGUCGCCCCAACAUAAGGGGACUCCCAAACUGGUUUCCUCGCUCUACCUAGACCCCACCAAAGACCAUGUGGCCUAGACUGCCAUGUCACCAACACUCUGUUCGCUGAGAUGUGAGGGCCCUAAAGCAACUGACACUUCUUUCCCAUACCCCCUGUGUUUAUUUUGCCACCAAACUGGAAGUUCUUCCUUUACAGGCAACUUGUCAUCUUACCUCUCCAUUCACAUCCAGCAGAUUAGUUCAGACGUAAGUCCCCACUUAACCAACUGCCACAGCAUCCAGCUUCCCCCCUCCUAUAUGUGACACCAGCUUGGAGGAAGAGGAGCCUCCCAGACCAGACUUUCCUGUCCUUUCGCUCUUAUAAGCCUUCCCCGGCUCACCUAUGUGAUCAAGCCUAGAUGCCUAGAUCCUCGAGGAUCUUCUUGCUGUCUCACUUGACAAACAUCAGUGCUGCUUUUGAGCCUUUCUGCCUCCUUGGACCUUCGUUCUCUUCAGUCUUGCCCAUCAUCCUCCUGAGAAGCCAAGAGUCCAAACAGGAAUCUGCAUUAGCAGGGAAGAAAGCAGGUACUGGGUGCACAGGUAUGCAAGCCCUAUUGUGCCCUUGAUUUUCUAAGAUUCCUCCUGGCCUUUCUUCUUUGCACUUGCUGUCUCCUUGACUUCCAUUUUAUUUCUUUUCUUUAUAAUUUUAAAUUCCAGUCUAGUUAACAUACAGUGUUAAAUUAGUUUCAGGGGUACAAUAUAGUGAUUCAACAGUGCUAUACAUUGCUCAGUGCUCACUGUGAUAAGUGUACUCUUUUUUUUUUUUAAUUUUUUAUUUGAUGUUUAUUUUUGAAGGAGAGAGAGGCAGAGCAUGAGUGGGGGAAGUGCAGAGAGAGAGGGAGACACAGAAUCCAAAGCAGGCUGCAGGCUCUGAGCUGUCAGCACAGAGCCUGACACGGGGCUCGAACCCACGAACUGUGAGAUCGUGACCUGAGCCGAAGUCGGAUGCUUAACCGACUGAGCCACCCAGGCACCCUGUGAUAAGUGUACUCUUAAUCUCCACCUAGUUCACCCAUCCCCCCACCCACCUCCCCUCUGGGAACCAUCUGUUCUCUAUAGUUAAAAGAGUCUGUUUUUUGGUUUGUCUUUUUUUUCCCCCUUUGUUCAUUUGUUUCUCAAAAUUGCACAUAUGAGUGAAAUCAAAUGAUAUUUGUCUUUCUCUCACUUAUUUACCAUAUAUUCUAGAUCCAUGUGUGUUGUUGGAAAUGGCAAGAUUUCAUUGUUUUUUCUGGAUGAAUAAUAUACCAAUGUAUAUGUAUACCACUUCUUCAUCCAUUCAUCUAUUGAUGGACACCUAGUCUGCUCCGUAUCUUGGCUAUUGUAAAUAAUGCUACAAUAAACAUAGGGGUGCACACAUCCUUUUGAAUUAGUGCUUUCGUAUUCUUUGUAGUAGUGGAAUUACUGGAUCAUAUAGUAGUUCUAUUUUUAAUUUUUUAAGGAACUUCCAUACUGCUUUCCACAGUGGCUGCAUGAGUUUGCAUUCUCACCAACAGGGACGAUGGGUUCCUUUUCCUCUACGUCCUUUCCUUGUUUCUUGUGUUUUUGACUUUAGCAAUACCGACAGGUGUGAGGUGAGAUCUCAUUGUGGUUUUGCUAUGCAUUUUCCUGAUGAUGAGUGAUGCUGAGCAUCUUUUCAUGUAUUUGUUGACCAUCUGGAUGUCUUUGGAGAAAUGUCUGCUCAUGUCUUCUAUUUUUUUAACUAGAUUAUUUUUUUGGUGUUGUAUCAGUUCUUUAGAUUUCAUUUUCAUUGUCUCCAUGUAUUUUUUUAAUUUCCUCUUUGAUUUCUUGGUUGACCCAUUCAUUGUUUAAUAGCAUGUUAUUUAACCUCCAUGUACUUGUGGUCUUUCCAGAUUUUUUCUUGUGGUUGGUUUCUAGUUUCAUAGUGUUGUUGUUAGAAAAGAUACUAAAAAGACUUUGAUGUUUUCAAGUUUGUUGAGACUUGUUUUGUGGCCUAAUAUGUGAUCUGUUCUGGAGAAUGUUCCAUGUGCACUUGAAAAGAAUGUAUUCUGCUGUUUUAGGACGGAAUGUUCUGACUAUACAUGUUAAAUCCAUCUGGUCCAAUGUGUCAUUCAAAGCCACUGUUUUCGUAUUGAUUUUUUGUUUAGAUGAUCUGUCCAUUGGUGUGAGGGUUAAAGUCCCCUACUAUUAUUGUAUUACUAUUGAUCAUUUAUGUUUGUUAUUAACUGCUUUAUGUACUUGGGUCCUCGCAUGCCAGGUGCAUAAAUAUUUAUAAUUGUUAUAUUUUCUGGUUGGAUUAUCCCAUUUAUGAUUAUAUCAUGUCCUCUUACAUUUUCUGUCAUAACCCACAUCCAGGCCAUCAGCAAAUCCUGUCAUUAUUCCUUUAGAAUCUAUCCAGAAUCUGACCACUUCUCUGUUUCUACCACUAACACUUUUUUUUUUUUUUAAUGUUUUCUUAUUUAUUUUUGAGAUAGUGAGAGUGCAGGGGAGGGACAGAGAGGGAGAGAGAAUCCCAAGUAGGCUCUGUGCUAUCAGCACAGAGCCCAAAUUAGGGCUUGAACUCACAAACUGUGAGAUCAUGACCUGAGCCGAAAUCAAGAGUCAGACGAUGGGGUGCUAAGGUGGCUCAGUUGGUUAAACAUCUGACUUCUGCUCAGGUCAUGAUUUCACAGUUCAUGAGUUCGAGCCCCACAUCGGGUUCUGUGCUGACAGCUCAGAGCCUGGAGCCUGCUUCGGGUUCUGUAUCUCCCUGUCUUUCUGCCCCUCCCCUGCCCAUGCUCUGUCUCUCUCUCUCAAAAAUAAACAUGUAAAAAAAAUUUUUAAAGAGUCAGAUGCUUAACCUACUGAGCCACCCAGAGGCCCCUACCACUAACACUUUGGAACAAGCUACUAUCAUCUCUCACACCUCUUUCUGCUUCCUUCCACAUCUUCUUUUCUUCCUCCACUCUUGUUCACCUUCAGCCUAUUUCCAACACAAUAGAGAUCCCCUUAACACACAAAUCUCAUUAUGUCAGUCACAACCUUCCAUUGGCUCUUAAUUCAUUCAGAGUUAAAGCCCAGAUCCUUAAAGUGGCCUCCAAGGUCCUUGUGCUGUGGCCCCUAUCCUCCUCUCUAACCUCACCACUUGCCAUUCUUGUUCCAGGCUUCUUAAACUCACCACAUUUCUGCCUCAGGACCUUUGCACUUGCUGGUUCUUUUGUCUAAAAUAUUCUUCCUUUAGGUAGGUUCAUGUUGUCUCCUCUCUUCAGAGGGGGCUUCCCUAAGCACUCUACCUAAAUAGCAGCCCUCACUACUCUCUAUUCUCCUAUGCGGCCUCAUUCUCAUAGCACUGAUCACCAUUUCACAUAUUUUUGUUUGUCUCCUUGCUUAUCAUCUCUCUUUCCCUAAUGCGUUAGAACAGGGACUUGUUUUGUUCACUGCUCUAUAUCCAGUGCCUCUAUAGAGGAGUGUGUGGCAUGUAGUAGGCAUCUCAUAAAUGCUUGUUGAAUGGAGGGAUGGAUGAACAAAUUACUCAGUCUAUUGCUUAUCUCCUAAACUAGGUUCUAAGUACCUUAAGGGUAGAUGCCCCCACCUUAUCAUCUCUGUGCUCUAAUGUGAACUUAUAAACACAACAUAUGUACAGUGACUGAAACAAUUUGUAUUAUGUAGAAACCAGCUUAAACAAGCACAAGUUGACUAGGUACUGGAAAUGCUGGAAUUCAAGAGAGCAGAGUUCCCAGCCAGGCUGUCAUUAAAGAGCUGUGUGGUCUGGGAAAACCUGUCUUAUAUGGGCCUCUGUUUUCUCAUCUGAAAGGCAAGCCUUAGACUAGAUUUUGAAAUCCCAGUCAGCCUUGAAUUUUUGUGGUUGUAAAUUUAGGGUAAUUGCAUAUUCACUUGACAAAUGUUUUUGGUUUUUUUUAAUAUUUAUUUUUGAGAGAGACAGACAGACAGAAUGCAGGCAGGGGAGGGGCAGAGAGAGAGGGAGACACAGAAUCCAAAGCAGGCUCAAGGCUCUGAACAGUCAGCACAGAGCCUGACGCAGCACACAGAGCCUGACGCAGGGCUUGAACUCGUGAACCACAAGAUCAGGACCUGAGCUGAAGUCAAAUGUUUAACCAACUGAGUCACCCAGGCACCCCAACCACUUGACAAAUGUUUACUGAACUGGGUUCCAGGAACUAGUUGGGGGUAAAAAAAAAAAAAAAAAAAUCUCGAUCUCUAGAGCUCCCAGACUGAAGGAACAAAACAAAAUAGGGUCAGCUCAGCCACAGCAACUGAGUAUUAAAGAGGCAGAGAAGCAUGCCCUGAGGAAGGGCUUUCUAAGCCAAAGAAAUGGCUGUACAAAGGCAGGAGGCAUGGAGACAAAGAAUUGUUGGAGCCAAAUGGCUUUUGUAUGCAGAGAGCUAUGCCCUGCAUCCCACAAAGCUGAAAUCUAUUCCAGCCAGGGGAACAUUCACAACUGGAAAACAGCCAGAUGGGACAGGCCCAGAGCCUAAACUGUUCAAAUUUAGGAAAGGACCCAGCAAGUUCUCUCAGGGCUUCCUGUGAGAUCUGACUUUUUCCUCAUUGGUCUGUGACGCCUCCAAGGCCACCCACAUGGUUUCCACCUCCCCAGCUCACGACAGACCCAAGUCUGGGCACAAAAGGCAGACCAAUUUUUGGUAUUUUGUUGGUACUUGGUUGGAUUUGGGGGAAAGGGCAAGUUCUAACCGCAGAUCAGGCGCCCAGAGUGGGGUAGGGCAGUUGCCCCCAGCAUGACCCGACCUAGUCUAGUAGUUGAAGUGCCCUUGUUACCAAGCUUGCUGAGUGGGGGGCUAGACUGGAACUUGCUCCACUCUCAUUGGUCAGCAGAGAAGUGCCACGGAGGAACCCUUGUUGCCAGAGGCAUGAACGAGAGCCCAUUGGUCAGGACACCUCACAAUGGCCCCGGCAGCGCACAGGAUUCUUCCGAUUGGUUCGCUGUCUGCCUCGGGAGACCCCCUGUUGCCUCGACGCCCAGCAGGCUCCUUGGUGCCCUGGAAAGAGCGUUUCCCAAGCCCACCCCCGUUCCCCAUUGGCUGUCGUGGGGGCCGCCGCCAUCUAAUGACGGAGGCGCAAAGCACCCGUGGGCGCGCUCUCUGCGGCAGGAUCUAGUCCCGCGGGAGGGCGACCCUGCCGGGACUACAGGUGCCGAAGCUGAGUGCAAGACUCAGGCGCCCGGCACUCUUGCGGAGGACCCCCGUUCUCCCUCGGGACCUGGUCUGGAGCCCAGCCCGGACCUGCCCUCGGGGAGCUCUGCACCUCCAACCUGGAACCCAACCCAAAAGGCCCUAGUAAGUUCGAAGCACCCACGCGGCGUGUGAACCCGCUCAGGGCAGACGGAGAGGGGAAUCGCAACUGUUGUGUGUGCGGCCCGCGCCUCCAUUUGCUUCUCGCCUUAAUCGUUUAUCCACCGAUUAUUGGCUCCUUUAUUUGGCAUUCGGGGUCCACCUCGGUGCCACCUCUCCAAACCCUUCGUUCCAACGGUGUUGGGAAGUCCCGCGCCGCAAAGAAUUCCGAUUGAGAUCCGAACGGAGGAGUGGCAGGGACGGGGGUGAAACCCCUGUGGGACAAUGUUCUACUAUCCCAACGUGCUUCAGCGCCACACCGGCUGCUUCGCCACCAUCUGGCUGGCAGCGACGCGUGGCAGCCGGCUGGUGAAGCGUGAGUACUUGAAGGUGAACGUGGUGAAGACCUGCGAGGAAAUCCUCGAUUACGUGCUGGUAAGAGUGCAGCCCCCGCUGCCCGGUCUACCGCGGCCCCGCUUCUCCCUGUAUCUCUCAGCCCAGCUGCAGAUUGGCGUGAUCCGGGUCUACUCCCAGCAAUGCCAAUACCUCGUAGAGGACAUCCAGCACAUUCUGGAGCGCCUGCACCGUGCCCAGCUGCAGAUCCGCAUUGAUAUGGUAGAGACUGACCUACCCAGCCUGCUGCUUCCUAACCGCCUGGCCAUGAUGGAGACCCUGGAAGAUGCUCCAGACCCCUUUUUUGGAAUGAUGUCUGUGGAUCCCACACUUCCCAGCCCCUUCAAUAUCCCUCAGAUUCGACACCUUCUUGAGGCUGCAACCCCAGAGAGACUUCUUGAGGAGGUCCCUCCUGAAGUCCCUAUGGAGCCAACGAAGCCAGACAGGAUCCCGGUCACUGUGCUGCCCCCAGAGGCCAUCACCCUCCAAGAGCCAGAGCCCAUACGCAUGCUGCAGAUUGAGGGUGAACGGGACCUUCCAGAGGUCAGCCGGCGAGACUUGGAGCUGCUGAUUGCCGAGGAAGAAGAAGCUAUCUUAUUAGAGGAACGUGAAGAGUACAAGGAGGAGCCCCGGGCCCUGGAGGGAGACACCAUAUUACCCUCGCUUUCACCUCCAGCUCUUGCACAGGUGGAAGGGGCAGCAGAGCCACUUCCGGUCCCAGUCCCCGAGGAACCGAAGCCAGCAGCCUGGGAGCCCGAGGCCCUACUUACUGAGGUGACUCCUCCACCGGAGCUGCGUCUGCCAGCCCCUCCCAGCCCAGAGAGGAGGCCCCCAGUUGCCCCAUAUCCUGGGGGCCCACCUGCUCGUCGCCGUCGCCGCCGCCAGUUACUGUUCUGGGACAAGGAGACUCAGAUUUCCCGGGAGAAAUUCCGGGAACAACUGCAAACCAGAGCCCACUGCUGGGAGUGUCCAAAGGCGCAGCCUCCUGAGAGGACCAUCAGAAGCCCCACGGAGCUAUUCCGAACCCCAACUCACUCUGGCUGGUUACCCCCAGAACUGCUGUCUUUCUGGACCCGCUGUGCCCAGCCACCCCCAGAAGCACUCAGGCGAAGGCCACCCCUGGAGGCUGAGGAGGAAAGGAGGAGGACUGAAGCUCUGAGCGAUAUUGAGGUCCUGAGAGAGGCCCAGGAGCCCAGCGGGCCCCUCAUGCUGUCUUCAGAACUCUCUCUAGAAGCGGCCGAGGAGGAGAAGACCCGCAUCAGCCUCAUCCCUUCAGAAGAACGGUGGGCCUGGGCCGAGGCAGAGCAGCCAGAGGCCCCUGCACUGCCUGUGGUACCCGAACUCCCUGAAGUGCCUAUGGAGUUGCCUUUGGAGCUGCCCCUGGAGCCCGAGCUGCUGUCGCUGGAGGCUGUGUAUAGGGCAGUGGCACAGGAGCUGCAGGCCAACAGGGAGCCUGAUUUCAGCAGCCUGGUGUCCCCUCUCAGCCCUCGCAGGGUGGCUGCCCGGGCCUUCUAUCUGCUACUAGUGCUUGCAGCACAACAGAUCCUUCGCGUGGAACAAGAGAAGCCGUACGGGCGCCUCCUGAUGCAGCCGGGGCCCCGAUUCCACUGCGGUUAGAACUAAUUCACAAGCUGCCAGGAUACUGGUUACAUUAAAUAUGUCUUGCCUGCCUCA